CCCACUUUCGCAAGGACAAGGGCUACUUGUACAGUACAUGACACUCUCUGGAUACCCACGCUUCUCUGCAACCCUCACUGUACCUCGGGAUAGUGGGAGGGAGAGCUAGGGAGAGAGAGCCAUGGCGGUCCUGCUGCAGCUGUUCCUCUUCUUCCUCAUUUGCGUCUCACGGGCCUCGGGGAAGUCCACCAUCGAGCCCUGCAGCGGCUCCGACUCCUGCAAUGCCAUGGUGGGCUACACCCUCCCCACGGACCUCAAGGUCUCGGAGGUGGCCACCCUCUUCCAGGUCGACCCCGUUGCCCUACUGACCGCCAACGCCUACGACCUCUCCUACCCGGACGUCGAGAACCACAUUCUUCCCGCUCGCCUCUUCCUCAAGGUCCCUGUCCCCUGCUCCUGCGUCGACGGCAUCCGCAAGGUAGCCUCCGUCACCUACCGCGCCCGCGCCUCCGACACCUUCGCCUCCAUAGCUUCCUCCGUCUACGCCGGCCUUGUCACCGCCGACCAGAUCCGCGACGCCAACGGCAUCACCGACCCUGGCCUCGUUGAUCUUGGGCAGCCCCUCAAGAUUCCUCUCCCUUGUGCUUGCUUCAAUGGGACCGACAACGGACUCCCCGCCGUCUACCUCUCCUACGUCGUCCAGGGGCCCGACUCGCUUCCCGCCAUCGCCGCCAGGUACAGCACCACGCUCUCCGACCUCAUGACUGUCAAUGCCAUGGGCACGUCGGCGAUCACUCCUGGCGACAUUCUCGCCAUUCCGUUGGCAGCUUGUGCUUCUGGAUUUUCGAGGUUCGCUACGGACGCGGGGUUGGUCGUCGCAAACGGGAGCUACGCCAUUACUGCCAGCCAUUGUGUUCAAUGCAGUUGUGGGCCUGCCAAUAUGAAUCUCUUCUGCACACCAGCGCCACUGGCCUCUUCAUGCACGAGUAUGCAGUGCAGGAACAGCAACCUUAUGCUUGGGAAUUUUUCUGCACAGCCAUCAAGUGCAGGUUGUAGUGUUUCCUCCUGUAGCUACAGUGGCUUUGUCAACGGGACCAUUAUGACUACCUUAUCAAUAUCACUUCAGCCUCGGUGCCCAGGGGCACACACCUUCCCUCCGCUUUUGUCCCCGCCUACAGUAUUGCCUGUAUCUGCAAUUGCAUCAUCUCCAUCACCCUCACCAUCACAGGCAGGUGGUCCUACAUUAACACCUAGGUCAUCAACAACAGGGGUUGCUGGUUCGAUUCCAGGAACAUUGCCAGCAGCUGGUCCAUCUGGAAGUACUUCUGACUCUUCAUCAUUGACAUAUCCAUUGUGCCAUAUUUUGACAAUAUCUCUUUUGCAUCUUCUACUAAGGCUUAUUGGUUAGAUGAAUCCUUGCAGUCUGGUGAAGGUUGCAUUUGAAUAUGAGGUUGUGCUUUGGGGAUGCCAUCUACGGGAUUAAUGUUGUAGCCAGUUACGACCAUUCACUGUAUCAUGAUUUGUUGGUUUUGUGUUGCAGAUUUCAAGGGGUCUUUGGCAUUUUCAUGCAUCCCCUUUGGACCUUGAGCGGCUAUACUUUCAUGUAAUUUUGUUGUCAAAAAAUAUUUUAUCAUUUAGGUCAGGAUGACAAGUCAGCUAUCUGGGUUCAGUAUUUUGCUUUUGUUGUAAAAAGUUCCAAUUACUGUGUCAAAUGUGGCAUUUUCAUUUUUAUUGCAUCACUUUCAUUUUUACUGAA